AUGGGGCAUCCCAGGGGCUGGCCGGGGGCUGCCCUCGCCUGCCUGCUGCUGCUGCUUGGGGCUGUGUGCACGCUGCGGGAGGAGGAGAGCCAUGCCUUCACCUGCCGGGCCCCCCGGCUGGCCCCUGGCGCCGCGCUGGCGUGGUACCUCGAUGGCCGGAAGCAGGAGGCAAAUUGCUCGGCUGCAGGUGCUGCCAGCACCCUCACCCUCACCGCCCGGCGCACUGACCGCGAGCUCAACUGCUCCCUGAUGGACCCGGCCUCUGGGGAGACCUACAAUGCUUCUGUCCUCCUUGACGUGCAGUAUAAGCCGGAGAUCCUGCGGGCAGGUGCCCGCUACCAGGAGGUCGAGGGCGCUGGGCUCCUCCUGGUGCUUUUUGUGCUGGUGCAAGCCAACCCGCCUGCCAGCAUCACCUGGGUGGACCAGGAUGGGCACGUGGUGGCCAACGCCUCCGAGUUCCUCCUCCUGGGUGCCACGCGUUAUCCGGGGCUGGCCAACCACUCGCUCCACGUCCACCUCGGCAGCGCAGCCGGCAACUUCUCCGUCAGCGCUGCCAACAGCGUGGGUGUCACCACCGCCUCCCUCCUGCCCCCGGGUCUGCUGGAUGCCCGCGUGGAGCUGCCCCUCCUGGGGAUUGCCGUCGGAGCCGCCCUGGCCCUGGGCGCCCUGCUGAGCCUGGGCUCCUGCGCCGCCUGCCUGGCGUGCCGCCGGGCCAAGCCGGUGCCAGGUAAGGGGCGAGCGGGAGGGAGCAGCCCCCUCAGCCAGUGCUCCCGUUGCAGCGGCUCUGAGCACCCGCAGCCCCGGGGUGGGCAUCUGCCUCGCCAGACCCAGUCCCUGCCGCCCGACCUGCACCUCGGCAACCUCACGCAGGAGGCUGGAGGUAAGACCCUGAGGUGCCAGUGCAGAGGGACACGCGGGGCCAGGUCCUGCCUAGGUGAGGGUUAGAUAUCCUGGCUCUCACCCCUUUCCUUCUCCACAGCUUCCCCCAGGGAUGUGGGAGCCGGUGCCGGGGGAGAGGAGAGCACCCUGCCGGGGCUGGACAACUCCCUGGUCCUCAGCAAGCUCGGUUUUGUCCAGCUUCCGAUGUCCGGGCGCAUCUACAAAGUGCCCAGCGUGAGCAGCGACGAGAUCUGGCUGUGA